AUGGGAGAUAGGGAGAGACGCAGGUUGGAACUUUGGAGCAUCAAUGUGACGGACCGUGGCUGGGGGCGACAACGGAGAGGACUUCCGGAAGAUGUCAGCAGGAGAUGGUACAAAGUCAUUGAGUCGCAGCAAUACCAUGUUGCAUACGACGCGCACUUUUAUCAGCUUCCACCUCCUCUUACCAUGCUCAUUAUUGCUUCUAUCUUGCCCUCCCUUGCCCUCCCCGGCACAUCGACAUGCAGGGGCAUGACUUGCUUUGUGCCCCUCAACCUCCUGCCGGUCAUACUCCUAAGAGAGGCGAUAAAAACCUUGGUUGUUCGUCAAUUACAUUCGCCUCGCUUCUAUGGGGAGUACCUGGUUCACGCCGCUGGGGCUCCUGACGAUCCCGACAGCUCCCUCAUGACGGCUGCUGCAGCCAGCAUGACAUGGCUGUAUUUCUCAUCUUAUCAUGCACCGUCAGAAACUAAUUAUGCCAUCGAUCUACCAGUUGACGCCAUGGUGCCCACAGCUAGCAGGACAGCGCCCGCACCGGGGGACAAAGACCCGAAUAGCUCCCCCAAGAUGAGAUCUGCCACCUGCAGUUUCUUCUCCGUGCAUGAUGUUGAAUCUUGUUCUCCUCACUUGUUCUGCAUCUGGCGCUGGGUUCGCUUCGACGGAACGUGCUACGCCAUACACUAUUCACCCAGGUAUAUCCGUAGUCCGGACUCCGUUCUCAGCCAUUCCAACCCCUAUCAAGUCUUGGAUCUCGGGGUCCAGACCUUCUCUGCGAGGCAGAUCGCUUUCCCUUGGGUUUCGUUCUCCAUAUUGGCCAUAUGGAUCAGUUUGUACUUGGUACGUCGUGAAACCGGUCCGGCCAGUUUAGACUGCCUUCGAACUUCUUCUCUUCCUUUCGAGAUGAUCAACGACGUCGACCCCAAGCUAAAUCAGCCAUCGUCAUCGUCUACUUAGGGAGAUAGGCAUCUGUCAACCUCACCAUCAGCCAUAUAUGGUUUUAGCGGGCUCCGUUCGCUCUACACCCUCUUCCUUCAGUCCGACCCUAUCGAUUGGCCUGCUCCAUUGCCGCGAUCAACUAAGAACAUUACGCUGGCUUCCUGCAUAUGCAAGCAUGCAUUUUACUGCAUCUUAACAUGGCCCGUGAGGGUAUAUGUGAUCAUGCAUCUGCGAGGUCAGGAGCACGCUACCUGUAUCGUCUAUGUACGCAUCCAUUGAGGACGUGGGCCAACAACCCUUGGGCAUCUGGAGGGAUGAUCACAAUGCCUUCUUGCGACUGAGCACUUACCUACCUUACCUAGGUUUCCUUAGCUCGAUGCCGUCUGGCACAUUAUAGCACCACUAUCUCACCACUCCGUGGGAUGACUGUAGUCCCAGCGUCGUCCCGCCACGGGUCAGGUCCCAGUGCAACUCGAGACGUAAAACAACGCGCUGU